UGAGUGAGAAGGAUGAAAUGGUGAAGUAUUAACGAUGAGGUCUCUCUAUGUUUGUCUUUCUGCAGUCCUGCUGGCAGUUUCAGUACGGGGUCACACUGCUCAGAGAAAUGUCCCAGUGGUGAGUGGGACAGAGGGAGAUUCAGUUACUUUACCCUGUAUCUUCAAGACCAGAUCCUACCCUCCCCUGACCACUGUUACCUGGAUGAGGAAGGAGCCCUACCAACACAUCGUUACAUUUACUGCCCAAUCACAGGGAACUUGGACAACUGGACACGGUGGAAAUCGGUACGAGCUCAUCGGGAACCCAGAGGAGGGAAACGCCUCGACCAGGAUACACCAGCUGAGUGUGAGGGACAAUCACACUUACCUGUGUCUGGUGGAAUACAGAUCAAGAGUCAAUCUUUUGUAUCUGAUCCAGAAAGAGACUCGGCUGCAGGUACAUGUGAAGACUCAGCCUGCUCAGUAUGUCUCAGUAUAUUCGCUGGUCAUUCCACUGCUCAUCCUCCUGCUCCUCCUCAUCAUCAUUGUCAUCAUCUUCAUCACCUUCAGGAAGAAAGGAGGGGGUUCACAACAAAUGGAUCUGACCGCAGCUUUGAAAAGGAAUGAUCCAGGUUCAUCCAGCAUUCCCGGGACUGAUCAGGCCCAGCAGCUCACUGUUCCAGAUCAGGACAGUUCCAUCCUCUAUGCCGAGAUUGACAGCAACAGAACAGGUGGCAAGAGAUUCACAAACAGUCUGUCAGAAGACCCUCAGCCUGACUCCUGUACCUAUGCCAGCAUCGUGUUUGACAGCAACAGAAAAGGUGGCAAGACUCUCCGGGUUGCUGAUUCAGAAGAGAGUGAGUCAGCGGAUGUAACCUAUGCAGCUGUGGUGAAGACUCAUUAGGAGCGAAUAAGAACUGAACCUGUGUAACUGAGGUUGCAUUGUUUCUCAGAUCAAAUUCAAGGAAUGUCAUGGAACUUACCAGCUCAGAAACUUGGCAUUAUUAUUCUUCAAAAGUGUUUUUUAAUUUUAAAAAAAAAAUUGUACCUUUUUUUCUUAGUGUAUUUUUAAGUGUUUAUGGGAUACUGCACACUUUUGAAAGCAAGUAACCUGACACUCAUUGUAAGUGUUGUUUACACAGCUGCUGGGUCAGACAGCAGCAGAAGAAGGUGCAGACGAACUGGAGACAUGGACAAGUGGCGAUUCAGCCAGAAACAACUAUGUGAUUGGUUCCCAGAUAAUUGAACAAUUUGUGGAUAUGAACAUGACAGGGAGAAGCCAUCCGACCUCCACUUUCUGAGGAACUGUUCAUCAUCUGUAGCACAGUGGCACAGUAGGCGGCACGGUGGCACAGUGGUUAGCACUGCUGCCUCACAGCGCCAGAGACUCGGGUUCAAUUCCCGACUCAGGCGACAGACUGUGUGGAGUUUGCACGUUCUCCCCGUGUCUGCGUGGGUUUCCUUCGGGUACUCCGGUUUCCUCCCACAGUCCAAAA